AGAAGGGUUUUUGUUGAGGAGCCUUCCCAUUUCCCCUUUAACCUUUCUUUUUUUCGCAUCAACCCUCGCAAUUUUCCCCAUUUUCUUUCUUUAUUCCUUUUGCUCUAAUUUUGAUCUCGUCCUCGUGGCCACCACUGGAAACAAAAACAUCAAUGCCAGAUUGGUGUUGCUUAGAGAUGUUGGAGUUGGAAAGUCUAGUCUGUGUUGCGCUCUGUUAAAGAGCAAUUUGUUGAAUUUCAGGAAUCGACUAUAGGCACUGCCUUUUUCUCACAAACAUUGGCUGCAAAUGAUGCCACAGUAAAGUUUGAGUUUGGGAUAUAACAGAUCAAGAGAGGUACCAUAGCUUGGCACCAAUGUACUACAAAGGAGCUUCUGCUGCCAUUGUUGUCUAUGAUAUAACAAAUCAGACAAGAGUCUGCCAAUGAAUUUAUUUCCCAUUAAGAUAUGGAAUCUUCGAACUGCUCAUUGUUAAAAAUUUAAGGUAUAAGACCUAUAGAAAAGAGCUUUGUAAUCCUUGAGACUUGAGGAGUUGAGUCUCGGGGAUUAAGCCUCUUUCCUCCCGUCUAACUUGGUUAAAAGGAACUAGAUAUGAGAGAUGAAAUACAGAGCUAUGUACCUCUAUUUUAUGAUUCAAGGUGGUGAUCCUACUGGUACUGGAAAAGGAGGUGAAUUUAUAUUGGGAAAGCCCUUCAAUGAUGAAGUGAACUCCAAGUUGCUUCACUCUGGAAGGGUUGUUGUUAGUAUGGCAAACAGUGGUCCACACACAAAUGGUUCCCAGUUUUUCAUUUUGUAUAAAUCUGCAAAUCAUUUAAACUUCAAACAUACAAUUUUUGGAGGAGUUGUUGGUGGUUUGACUACAUUGGUAGUGAUAGAGAAUGUUCCUGUUGAUGACAAUGAUCGACCUCUGGAGGAGAUUAAGAUAACUAGCGUAACAUUAUUUGUCAAUCCUUGCUCAGAACCAAAUGAAGAAGAGGAAGAAAAGACCAAAGAAGAGGAAAAUGAUGGGGAUGAAGAUAAAGUUCGUUUCAGGACUCUUGUAAAUAUCAGAUGCCCUUAGAAAUCGUCAUUAUUGAGAUGACAAAAAAAUUUUG